AACACAGCAACCCUUUGUCCGAAUAUAUCACUGCAUUUGCAAGGAUGGCCAAAUCGAAGGUCGCAAACAUGUCCAUGAAGUCCAGGUUCACUCAGUCGGAUACAGAGCCAAUGUUGCGGAAUCUAAGCGCCAUGAAGCUGCAGCAGUGGGGCAGAAUGCUGAUGGUCCGCAGGGCUUUUUAUCAUCUCUUCGUUUUGGAGGACAAGGUUUUGCUCAGACCAAAGCCUGGCUCGCUGGCGAUGAAGUUUCUACUUCCAGAGGAGUCAGACUCACGGCCAAGCUCGAGUUCCAACUCUGCUACAGCAAAUGCAUCGGGACAAGUUGGGAAGAUACGUGCUGGAGCUGACCGGCUGGGAGCAAAAGACCAACGAAUCACAUCAAAAGACCAGAGACUGGGAUCAAAGGCGCAGCCGGUGCCGGCAGUGUCACUUCCAGUUCUUGCUGGCCACUUUCAGAAGAGUGGCUGGUAUGCACCCUCGAGUUCACCAGAGCUUGACCCCAACGAGAGAGCGGCCAAGGCCAUUUUCAAAUUGCUCAGCGUGCCAUACCAUGGUGCACUUCAAGAAGGCCAUUUGGAUCAGAUUUAUCGGCACCACAGGAUACAGUGGAGAAUAAAGAUGUCAGCGACGAAUCUUCGCUUCAUUCUUAUGCGGCAUGGUGAGAGCUCUUGGGCUGUUACUCGAGGAGACAGCGCGGAUUCACCACCAGGGUCGCCAAUGGCAGCGCAUGCCAGAACUCUGCGGCCAGAGGGAUGGUCGCAGGUGACUCGCACCGCUUGGACGCUACGAUUGUGUCAAGAGUGGCAACCGGAGGUCUUGCUGACAAGCAGUUUGCCAUGUUGCAGGCAAACAAUUGAAAGAGUCCGAUCCGUGUUGGAUGACCCUGACUUGAGAGAUGGUGCUGUACCCGGGGCUAUACAGGAGCCAACACCUGCAACCUUUCUCUGCAAGACCCUGGACUUCCCAGAUCGUGAGGGGAGUCUGGGCCUCCAAGCAUGUGAAGUCGCAGAAGCAGUGCAACAGGUCGUAAAGGAAUUGGAAGUGCAAUCUGGUGAACGACCACUGCGUCCGAGGGAUGUGGAGGCCAGCCCUCCGCCAAAGAUCCUCAUGUUAGUGACGGGUGGUGCAGCAGCCGAAAGCCUACUAGGAUAUCUGACGAGUGGCAUUCAGCGAAAAUACUUGGACCAGCUUUUGAUUGGUGCCGGAGAUGCUAUGCUGCUUGAAUCCCCAACGCUCCAUCGCCUAGUUGGUGAUGGAAAUCAGGAACGAGUCAGACCAGAGAGCGAACUUUGGCAGGCGGGGCUCAGCCGCAACAAGUGGAAGGUUCUUCGCCACAUUCGGGGUGAUGGGCACGGAGUGCAGCUGGGUGCUUUGCCGAAGACGAUCCAGGAGCUGAAUGAGGAAACAGAUCGCAAAAUCAAAGCGAAGGUCAUGAAACCAAAGUUCGCAGCUAGCUCCCAUGUGGAUGGAGGACUUGAGGUGUUUUCAGAGACCAGGGCAGCUUUCAGGAGGUACGCUGGAGAGCCAAUGAUCUUCAGCCACAGAGAAUUCUCCAAGCUGUGCUGGAGAGCUGGAAAGACCGAACUGCCGCUCGAGUCGGAUUUCUGCGUCAAAGUGAAGCCUCUCGUCUUUGGCUUCAAAUUUUCGUCGCCAGUAGGCAGCAAGAGUGAGCAAGGCUAGUUUCGAGCUUUAGGGGGAUGCUGUUUGGGCCCCUUUCCUG